AUGAUUAACAAUUUUAUAUUUUCUUCUUUAGCUGUGUUAAAUAAUCCUAAUGAAGAGAAGCCCGCAUUAUUCAAAAAAAUUCAUGAUAAGACCAAAGAAAGGGAAUCGAAAGGAUAUGUACAUGACUACUACAUGUAUAACAUCGAAAUUUUUAAAAUAUUGUAUGACACCUAUGGAUGGUUCACUCCUUCUAAAUUGUGCGAAAAUUUUUUUUCCAAUGAAAAAACAGAGGCUGAAAUUAAGGUUGAAACUGAAUAA